AUGCCUGGGGUGGUGCCACCAUAUGUUCCCCCUCAGAUGCUCGACAUUCCAUGGACUUCUCUGCAAUCAAAGCCUGCAGUCCCACAGGUGCCCAGCCCAGGGAGCACCCCGGGCCAGGGUCCAUACCCGUACAGCCUCCCUGAGCCGGCCCUCAACCUGAACCCAGGUGGGAAGAAUCUGACAAAGCAGAACAGCUACAGCAACAUUCCUCAUGACGAGAAACACAAACCUCUGUAUGAGCGCUCCUCACCCAUCAACCCGGCCCAGAGUGGUAGCCCCAAUCAUGUGGAUUCUGCCUACUUCCCUGGCUCUUCUACCUCGUCCUCAUCGGACAAUGAUGAGGGCAGUGGAGGAGCAACCAAGUGA